AAACACAUAGAAAAAGAAGAGCAAGUGACGUAUAAUGUGUUCGCCAGUCGGAUGUAAACAUCGUGUGAAACAAGUUCCUUUUCUUUUAUAUUGUUCUUUCUCCACUCUCGUUUUGCAUUUGCUGUGAAAAAUCCACGGGAAAAAAAAUUCUUAUUUCUGUCAUGUGAAUGAAAGCAGGAAGUUAAAAUGGAGAGUAAAACCGCUUAGUGGAGCUCAGACGACUCUAAAUAUGAUGGAGGAUUUUUCUGGGCUGGCCCUUCCCCCUUUGUUUGGAGGGCACAUCCUGGAGGCAGAGCUGGAGCCCGGCGGUGUGGAGCUCGGACCUGAAGAGGAGGAGCUGGGCCCAGGAAGCAGUGAGCUGCUAGAGAGCAGAGCAGAAGAGGAUGAAGAGAGACGGGCCCUUGAUAAAAGAAAAUACCUUUCUCUGAGCAGAAGAUGUAAAGAAAUUGAACAGGUGAAUCAGAAGAUUGUUGGUCGCCUUCAUCAAGUACAUAGAAUAACACGACGCUUGAAAAAAGAGAGACGGUUCCUCAUGAAGACUCUGGAUGGUCAUGGGGACGACUACAGAAACGCCCAACUCACUAUACUGCUUGAGGAUGAGCCUGGGGCCCUUUUAGAUCCUCCUGCUGGUUUGGAGGAGGAUCAUCCUAAUGGUGUUUCGAGCUUCACAGCGUCUGCUACAUUAUAUCACGGAGCUGGACCAAAGAAGAAGAGGCAUCGUAUUCCAAAGCCAGAAAAAGAUAAAGACCAGCUGGUUGAACCAGACAUGUCCACACUGACAGAUGCACAUUUUGCAGAACUGCCCAGCCCAGCAUCUCUGUCUCACUAACCACUGUCCUGCCUGGAUAUGAUGAACUACAUUAAUUUAUGUGUAGUAAAACCACAGCAAUAUUAUUAGCAUAGUAUAAACAUAUGGUAUUUGCAAUGUUGAUACUUAUAGUCUGUGUAAGUGACUUUAUGGUCAGUGGGAAAGUGUGCACAUUAAUGGAUACCUUUUGAUGGACAGUAAACUUGUAUUAGUAAUGAUUUUUAUGACCCAUUUCUGAAUAUUAUUGAAUUUAUAUUGUGUAGUUUUAAAGUAUGCAAAGAGAAAAUAUUUCUCAGUUGUGUUUCAGUUUUGUAAACUGUUAAUUGUGACUGUACUGUAAUUAAACAAAUUUGAAUCU